CCCCGAGAGACGGAUAUAAUAAAACCCAGAUACGAUGCGGUUGUUAAGUGGAGCGGUGUUGCGGGCCACGAUGAGACACCGCUGUCGCCACUUUUCUGUGGCACAAAACAACUGGAACGCCAGAAAAGGUCUGGUACUCGGCGUUUACGAGAGCGAGAAGGAGGACGACUCUCUCCAUCUAACUGAAUCAGCAGCUGGUGUCGACAGAGUUCUGUCUGGUAAACUGACUGAGCUGCUAAAGAUAUCAGGACCAGGUCUGAAGAAAGGGAAGAGCAGAAUAUUCUACGGUCUUCAUGAGUCUUCAUGA